UUUUAUAAACUUUAAUAAGUGAUCUCGUUGAACAGCAGAUAUCUUUGUACCACGCAGCAACUACAUCCGGGUAACUCUGGUGGUGGUGACCUUGGUCCGUUUAUCAUCAUGGCGGCCAUCGUGAGGUUGAGUUCUGUUUGUCGCAGAGGAGUUAAACCUCUGUUCUACCAAAGCAGCUUGCUGGCCAGGCCAGUGGUUGUACCACAGAAACACCAGGAGCAGCCCUACCUGCUGACAUCUAGGAUCCAUUCAUCACAGCCUCUGUACGCGGGCUCUGACUCCAAAGCCGCGUCCCUGCACUGGACGGCGGAGCGGGUGCUGAGCGUCGCUCUGCUGGCCAUGGGCCCCAUCGCCUAUUUUAACCCCGGGCCUGUCAUCGACUACUCCCUGGCCGCUGCCCUGACCCUUCACGGCCACUGGGGCAUCGGCCAGGUCUUGACGGACUACGUGCACGGAGACACGAAGGUCAAGGUCGCCAACGCGGGCCUCUUCCUCCUGUCCACCGUCACCUUCGCCGGCCUUUGCUACUUCAACUACAACGACGUGGGGAUCUGCAAAGCCAUCGCUCUGCUCUGGAGCAAAUGAACAUGACUAUGGACUCAGGAGGAACUCCGCACGGGAGCGGGAGCGGGAGCGGGAGCGGGAGCCGUCUCGUCCCGGCCGACUGUAAAAAACAAUCGAAAGCGUUCAGUGUAAAUUCUUAUAAAUAUAUCAUUUUGACAACAUAACUAUAAUUCACAGGCAUGUAAUUGUGAUUAAUGUCGAUCAGUUCUGGCUUCGUGUUUGCGUUGAAGUGGGCCGCUAGCGUUCAUUUUCUCAUGUUUCAUGCUCAGCGUGGACUAUAUUGCAGCUACAGGAGAUCCGCGUCUUCAUCAGAACCGCCGACUUCAACGAGUCUUACAGAUUACUACUGGCUGACAUGUCAUUCAUUAUCCAUGUGUAUCUCUUCUUGUGGCGGAUUUGUAAAAUGUGUUCUGUUUAAACCACGGUGUGUACGUACGUCGCUGAACACCUGAAUCUGUCAGGGGUAGCAGGGAGGGAUUACUGGUCUGACAAGCUUAUUACACGGUGUGUUACAAAUCAUUCACAGUGUCCUCUAAAUGUUUCUCUCGGUGCUCAUAGAUCUCGACUGACCAGAGCAAACACCGUCACCUCGUCAAAGGCGGAGGUUUCGUUGUGAAACCUCCAACCCUCGGUCGCGUGUUGCACUGCAGUUUGUUUUUAGUCCACGAGUAGAUCUGGACUUCAUCAGAGGUAAUGGAGGCUAGAUGUGAAGUGCACCACAUAUUCAAGCCAUGCAGUGUUUUUUUUUUUUUUUUUUUUUUUAAAUCCACCUGUUCAUCUCCAGGAGAAUAGCUAACGACACUGUGCAGCCUGCAAACUCCAGUAGUCUAACAGUGUAUCCCACAGCUGCAAAAUACCGUCCUCUGCUCAUCCGAUACGUAGAACAUGCUUUAGAAAAGGGACACCUUGAGAUAAUUUAAAAUAAACAUUCGUUUAGAUUUUCUUUCUCCGAAGCGCACCUUCAGGGGCUGAUCCUAAAUCCUUGUGAGCUUGUGUCAAAUGUCAGUUGAUAUAUUCUGGUGUGACCUCGGCAGACAUUGGGUACCUGCACUCAGAGACGUGGCAUGCAGCGAUAAUACCAGCUACUGUCCUUGUUCUGCCGGAGCUGGAGUUAAUUUGCUGUAAACUCUUGACUUCGAUUUGUUGUCACAUUGCUUGUGCAGUAAAUGUUUAUUAUCACAGCUCA